UGUACGUACGGUGCCUCUAGCCCUCUAGCCUGCCCGGAGGUAGAGGACAGGGGAGGCCAACACCGACCGCGCGCCGAACUUCCCGGGCGCCUUGCUCCUGCCGCCUGCCGGCAUCCGUCCACCCGUGCGCUUGACAUGUCUGUUUGCACCGUUGCUUGACUAGACGCUGGGCGUUUCAGGGAGGAGAUAAUUUGCAAAGGAGUCAGAGACGAAGAGGGUGACGAUGGCGGGCGGGGAGGAGAGGAUCGUGGUGUCCGUGCGGCUGCGCCCUGUGAACGCCCGGGAGGCGGAGCGCGGCGACGGCGCUGAGUGGGAGUGCUCCGGCCCGACCACGCUCAAGUUCCUCGGCACCAUCCCGGAGCGCGCCAUGUUCCCGGCCACCUACACCUACGACAGGGUGUUCAGCCCGGAGUGCAGCACGGCGCAGGUGUACGAGGAAGGGGCCAAGGAGGUGGCCCUCUCCGUGCUCGCCGGAAUCAACUCCAGCAUAUUCGCGUACGGCCAGACGAGCAGCGGGAAGACGUACACGAUGGUCGGCAUCACGGAGCACAGCAUGGCAGAAAUCUACGGCUACAUAGAUAAGCAUCCUGAGAGGGAGUUCAUCCUCAAGUUCUCGGCCAUGGAGAUAUACAACGAGGCCGUCAGGGAUCUCCUCAGCUCCGACGCCACGCCUCUCAGGCUCCUCGAUGACCCGGAGGUGAACUGCCAACCAAUUCUUGCUGCUUGCCUGAAAUCAGUUUCGACAUUUUAUUUCGUCAUUUCUGUGCUGCAAUGUACUCAUGUCAGCACAACCGUGCUUGAAUUCAAACAGAAAGGAACAGUGGUAGAAAAACUCACCGAGGAGACGCUGAGGGACAAAGGCCAUCUCCUGGAGCUCCUUGCGGUGUGUGAAGCUCAACGACAGAUUGGGGAGACUAACAUGAACGAAACGAGCUCUAGGUCUCACCAAAUACUCAGGCUGACGGUUGAGAGCUCAGCAAGGCAGUUCUUGGGGAGAGGCAACUCCAGCACUCUUGUGGCAUGUGUGAAUUUUGUGGAUCUUGCAGGAAGUGAGCGUGCUUCACAAACAGCAGCAAGCGGUAUGAGGCAAAAGGAGGGUAGUCAUAUCAACAAGAGUCUGCUUACACUGGGCAAGGUCAUUCGGCAGCUCAGCGGGGGUAGAAGCGGACAUAUUCCCUAUAGAGACUCGAAGCUCACUCGCAUAUUGCAGUCUUCUUUGGGAGGCAACGCGAGGACAGCCAUCAUCUGCACAAUGAGCCCAGCGCACUGCCACAUUGAGCAGUCCAGGAACACACUCUUGUUUGCAAACUGUGCGAAAAACGUAGUCACCAAUGCACAGGUCAAUGUUGUGAUGUCAGACAAGGCAUUGGUGAAGCAUCUUCAAAGAGAGCUUGCCAAGUUGGAGAAUGAGCUCAAGCUCCCUGGAUCAGUCUCAUGCUCUAAUCAUGCUGAGGCUCUGAAAGAGAAGGAUGACCAGAUUAAAAAGCUGGAAGAGCAGCUGAAAGAAUUAAUGGAGGAAAGAGUUACUGUUCAAUCUCAACUUGAUAAUUUCCGCAAAGUUGCAAGUGAUGAUCAUCUAAAUGCUCACAAAGCAAGGCGAUGGGAGGAACACAGUCGGUCUUCAGAUUGCUUUCCACGUAAUAUGUCCGAAGAUGCAUUUUCAUUUUCAGAUACUCAUGAUAUGUCGUAUCAAGAUGAAGCAAUGGAUGAACCGUCAGCGCCGCUACCACGACGACCCAGUAACCAUGUUUUCGACAGGAUAAGUGAAUACCAACAAAAGAGUGUGGCCUCCCAAUCUGCAUCUGAGGUUUCUGAGGAGCAUUGCAAGGAAGUACAGUGCAUUGAAACUAAUGAGCUCAGAAGAAGGAGAAGCCAAGAAUCCUUUCAUGCAUGCAAACCUGAAACAGCGGAAAAGGAGAAGCAAGCUUGCACUGAUGAAGAGAAGCAUGAUGAAAGCGUCAGAAAAGUCACAGAAAAUGCCAUCGAGCUAUAUGCAUGCGAUUCUGACGCAUCUUUGGACAUCGAGCAAUCAAACACUGACGACGAACCAUUGGCCCUAAAGAGGUGUGUGGUAAGCUCCAGAGAUAUUGCACUAGCUAGGAGCAGUAGCUGCAAAGCAAGCUUCAUGGUAAUACCAAACAGCUGGUUUGAUGAUUCCAUGAGUGUAAACAUGACAACACCACCAAGUGAACAUUUCAAGUAUCCUCCAAGAAGGCCAGAGAAGGUCAGGAGGAGCGUGUUUCCUGAAAAAGUUGCCUCGGAUGCCGUCACCGACAACAGCACAGGCAACACUGAAGAAGAAAGUGCUGUGAAUGACACGAGCUGCGUAAGUGAAGCUAAGCAAACUGAGGAGAACGAUGCAUCCCAACAAGAGGAAAGUCAGGUGCAAGUCAGCACAGAUUCAUCACUGAGCACCUUCGAGUCUCCUUCAAGGUGGCCCUUUGAUUUCAGCAAGAAGCAACGAGAGAUCAUUGAGCUGUGGCACGACUGUCAUAUCUCCAUAGUGCACCGGACUUACUUCUUCCUCCUCUUCAAUGGAGACCACACAGAUCACAUCUACAUGGAAGUAGAACACAGACGACUGUCCUUCAUCAAGAGUUCCUUCAUCGCAGAUGGUGAGCCGAACGCUACUAUUGCGUCAAGUUUGAAGACUCUUAAGUAUGAGAGGGAUAUGCUGUACAGGCAGAUGGUGAGGAGGCUCGGCUACUCAGAGAAGGAGAGCCUCUACAGCAAGUGGGGGAUCGACAAGAGCACCAAGCAGCGGAGGCUGCAGCUGUCGCGCCGCAUCUGGACACAGACUGACAUGGAGCAUGUGAGGGAGAGUGCUGCGCUUGUUUCGAAGAUGAUCCAGCAUCUAGAGCGUGGGCAGGCCAUCAAGGAGAUGUUUGGGUUGAGCUUCUCUCUGAAUCUGCGGUCUGGAAAAUCUUUCAGCUGGGGUGGAGGCUACUCCUGAGUCUUGAGAUGAGUUGGAGUUUUGAAAAAUGUGACAUGGCAGGUAGAUGGAUACAUAGCACAACAAGCUGCUCAUCGGGAAAGAUUAGAUUGACAUCGGCUCCGAAUUUGGUUGAGUAAUGCUGACGGGCUUGCCUAUGUUUUGCUGAUUUAUGCCGGUGACUGACUUUUCUGAGCGGGGCUUAUGAAAGUUAAAUCAACCAAAAAAGGGAUGCAUGCUAACUAUUUUGCACUUAACUGCAUGAUGUAUUUCCCUAAUCAGUGUAUGCAUCUAUAUCGUGCCAACACAAGGCCUGCAUGAGCUUGCAGUUUCA